AACACAGUCCCUACAGUCAAAUUAGUUUUCUUUGCAGCCUCGUUUGAAUGUCGCGGUUGAGCAAAUUUGUACGGAAUGGGCGAGGGAUCCAAGUGUGUACAUUUUGAAGCCAUGAGCCGCGGAUUCAGUGAAGUUCACCGUUCCUCCACAGUUUCCUCUGUGACCAAGCCCACAUACGUACUCACCACAGAGUGGGCGUGGUUCUGGGUGGACGAGUACGGCAAAUGGGUCCAGUACGCAUCCAUUAAAGAGAAGGACAGAUUGUCGUCCAUCACCAGUGAAGACCUUGAGAAAAGGUACCAGGAGGAUCAAAGUGCUGUGGUGAAGUUCACUGCAGGCCAGCAGUCUUAUGAGCUGAGUUUCAGAGACAUGACGCAAAAAAACAAAAGAUACGGUACUGACGGUACUGUAAGGAUGGUCAGGCGUCGUCCUGUGUUUGUUUCAACUGCAGACAGCAGGACAAAUAGAACAUGCAACUCCUCUCAGAAUUUCAGAGAUGUUCCUGGAUUUUGGGACAAGUCUGCCAUACCUGACAUUGGAUAUAAGACAGUCAGUCCCUGUCAGAACUCAGAAGAGUAUCAGAAGGUCCAGGCACUUUUCAACAAGACCAUGAGGGGCUUCCAAAUCACCAGCAUCGAGAGGGUCCAAAACAGGGACCUCUGGGAAGUCUUCCAGUGGAAAAGAAAUUUGAUGAAGAAAAACAAUGGGGGUAAAAACAGCAAGGAGUUAUAUCUCUUCCACGGAACGGACCCAAAACACGUAGACGCCAUUUGCAGAGAUAACUUCGACUGGAGGCUGUGUGGAACCAAUGGAACUGUGUAUGGCGAAGGGAGUUACUUUGCCAGGGAUGCCAAGUACUCGCACAUCUUCACCAGCCACUCAGGAGUGAGGUCCAUGUUUGUUUGUCGGGUGCUUGUUGGCGACUACACAUUAGGGAACUCGAACCUCCGUCGCCCCCCUCCAAAAGGCGAGGGAAGCCCGACUCUCUAUGACAGCUGUGUGGACAAUGUCCUGAAGCCAUCCAUAUAUGUGGUGUUUGAAAAGCACCAGGUGUACCCCGAGUUCCUCAUCAAAUACGAUAAUGGCGUCAUGCACUUGUCCUCUUCGGCUCCAGCUCCACCCAAAACUGUCUCUAUCCAAUCCACUUACAUAGUCCAAUACCCAACAUCCAAACGGAUUCAGGCAGCAGCUGCUGCUACGCUGCCAAACUCUCGAGUUCCAUCCACUUACACUUUGAGUCCAUCUCAAGCAGCCACCACUUUCUAUAAUCCAACCAAUUCUCUUCCCCCUUCACGUCUCCCAAAACCUGCCCGAACCCCACUGGGAUUCAGUCAAUCUGCAGUCAUCAUGAAGCCAGCCCCAAGUUCUCAAUUGGUGUAUACCACCCUAGGCCAAGCUAAUUGGUCUUACACUCCCUCAUUCAGCAAACUCCCUCAUAAACUCAUUACCCAAGCCAGCACCCCUCUCGUACACCCAGUACCCCCUCUCCUACACACCCUACCCCAUCCAGUACCCCCUCUUAUACACUACCUACCCCAGCCAGUACCCCCUCUUAUACACGCGUUACCCCAGCUAGUACCCUGUCUUAUACACGCGUUACCCCAGCCAGUACCCCUCUCGUACACCCACUACCCCAGCCAGUACCCCCUCUCGUACACCCACUACCCCAGCCAGUACCCCCUCUCGUACACCCACUACCCCAGCCAGUACCCCCUCUCGUAA